CAAAUGGAGAAUAGGAAAAAGGUUCCUUGCCGUGAACCUUUUUCAUGUGCGCCGAAGCCAAAGCGUUGUAGGACAGACUCGCCACUAGAGGAGGCCAUACUAAAGGACUUGGCAGAAGACAUGGAGGCCAGGCGCAGCACGCCAUCUCCGACUGGCAAGGCGGACGUGAGGAAUAAACACGAGGAAGGAGAGGUCACAGAAGAUCCAGCACACGCGGCCAAGAAAACAACCAAAGGAGAUGAUAAAACUGAGGAGACAGGAAACAUUGGAGAUGAGGAGGAGGAGGACGAGGAAGAGGAGGAGGAUGACGAUGAAGAGACUCCUGUGAAGGGGGGAUUUCUGACCCGCCUGGCCAGCUACGUCUUCCCCUUCUCCCUGUUCUCCAGAAACCACAGCCGAGAAAGACACGGGGCUCCAUGAAGACACUCUGAUUCACUAAAAACACUUCUAUAAAUUCUGUUUUAUGAGUGUUCAGACAGUACUUCUUUGUAUUUUUCAGAUUUUCCUUCUGGUUCUCUUAUUUAACAUUGAAAUGU